GUGAAUGUUUAUGUAAUUAAAUACCCCCAUUUAACAGUUUUUUAAAUUUUCUGAUUGUGCCUUUGUGAUGUCGUGUUGGUUAAUUUAAGGCACUUUUUUAAAACAUGACUCUUUGCCCUGGAGAGAUAUGCAUUUUAAUUCAUGUUUACUUGUUGGUCUAUUAACGUGUUGACGAACUGAACGAUUUUCACUCCACUGGAUAUACAUACAGUAUGAAUGGGAGAAAAGGCUUUUACUUUGAAGCCCUGAAACCGGAAGCGGACGUUGUCGUUCGCGACGCGUGGAUGCGUUCAUACAAAUAUACAUUUAAAAGUGUGCGGAGAGUGCCGUCGAGAAAGUUUCAGUCACUUCGUGUAUUUAUUUUUCAGAGUGUGAAUGUUGUACCUUCUGGCUUUUAUACAUAAAGCUGUUUUGCGGUGCUCGUGUCUAACCUGAUACGAAAGGGCGGGAAGGUGAGCGCAGCGAGCGCGCUCUACUGCGGAAGCCUGUCACUUUCUCUCUGUGUAUGUGUGUCUGUCAGUCACAGCUGCUGCGCGCUAUUAUGUAGUGUGUAUGAGCGCCCGGCUCCCCGCAGGCCGUACUGUGGCCCAUGGCCGCCCGCCCAACAUUCUCCUCCGGGCCACCGGAGACGCGCAGGAAGUCGCACCCGCCGCCACGAGCCUCGAGGUGUGGAGACGCGGGACACGUUAGUUUGGCGCGAACGCGUGGCGCGAGCGGGGAGUUCCAGCCGGUGGCGAACAGUCUGUCAGGAGCGUCGCAGUCCGCAAACAUGGAAGGUGCUCCACACCACCUCUGUGAACUGGAUGAAAAGUCGAUCUCCCAGGUUCACAACAGGAGGGACCUCAGAGCACGGGAGUGCAGCUUCCCACUUGGGGGCAGUACACACACAGAACAUGACGUGGUGAUUUCUGAGUAUGCAUCUGGAGGAAAGGAAGCCAUUCGCAGCAUCUUGAAGCAGAGGCUGCAUUGCACCCCUUCGCGGCAGAAGGUCAAAGUGCAGCUGCUGGCUGGGGAAGCGGCCUUUUGUCCCGAAGACCGGCCCAGCACCGAGGAGCCACAAUAUGGCACUGCCGGCUUAGCAGCUGUCGUUAGUGCCACCCUUGCCGCCACUGCACCCAUUUUCAAGGCCCAGAGCGAUGUGGAGGCUCGUGUCUCUCGGCUAUCGGAAAGGCUGCGAAGGCUCCAGGAGGCGGGCGAGCACCAGGAUCGAGGGCUGGGAUGUCGCGACAACUGCUCCUUGAAGCGCGUAACCCACCUGGAGGAGCAGCUCUCUGUCCUCACCCAGCACAAUCUGCAGCACCUGGAGAGAAUGCAGGAGCAGCAACUGGAGCUGCAGAAUCACCUCAUCUCCUCUACUUUGGAUGCCCUGAACGCUCACCCCCGUGUAGAGGCUCCACCCUCCACCAUGGACAUGUGCAGACAGGGCCAGUGGGAGCCCAGCGGCACUGCCCUCUCUGCAGCUGGUGCGUGCUCUGAUGUGCCCCGAGGAGGACGUGCAGGUGGAGGUGGGCGGAGUUCCCCAGAGACCCUGGCAGCACACCGCUUUGUCCCCAUCUCCAUGUCCCGGGAUAGCAGGACUCAGGAGGAUGGAGAGCACUUGCCCUCAGGAAAUGGUAGCCAUGUGGAGGAGAUCCUUGAUGACCCAACAUACGAGAGGAGAGCAACAGUGCCUGAAGGGGGACAAAUGGUCACUAUGGCAACAGUGGGCUGCCAGCCAGGCACUUCCAGGCCCAGGCCACAGCGGUGCACAGGGUCGCUUUCCACCUCCAGAGCUCGAGAUCUGCCUGCUCUGGCACCGGGGACACCUACCACCCGUGCCUUGGCACCCACAGACCAGCGGGCCAACGGCGCUAACCAGGACCUGCGUGAUACGAGCUCAGAGGUGCAGGUGAGGCAGCCUGAAGAAGCAUCCAGUGGCCUGCAGACCGCUGUGCUCCUGAAGAGCCGGCCUCCUCCUUCCGUGCUGGAGAAUGCCCGCAAGGACUUCCAGGCGGCUCGCCACAGGAAGAAGGUUCUGGACGAAAACCUAGACGCCAUGCGCAGGGCAAGGGAUCAAGAGGCAUUCUACUCCCUCUUGGAUUCCAUAUCUUCUAGCAGAGAUCUCAGUGAGAAGAUCAGGAUCAGGAGGACUGUGGACGCCUGGAUGUGGCUUUCCAGAAAGGGCAUGCGGAACACACCUUCAGAGACCAAAUGUGUGAAGGAGGCUGAGGAGUACCUGAAGAAUAUUUAUGGGAAGGACCCAUGUAAGAGCAAUGAGAGCACUCAGAAGACCAGCCCCUAUUUCAGGUCUACUUCUCACUCUCAGAAGUCCAGAAGCCUGAAACCAAGAGUUGUGGAGAGGGUGAAAGACAUCACGAUGCAGUUGAGGCACUCGAACACACAUGCUCGGCUCCACAAGCAGCACGCCGAGCGGCAGCAUACCUUCACACGCUCACAAGGGGAAUGCUCGGACCUCCAAGAGCCUCACCGUCCUCUGGAGGGCUUUGCCAUCCCUGUGGCCAUUCCUCUGUGUAAACCCAGGGUGUAUGACAUGGGUCGCCAGCCUUCCCGCGUCCAUACCGCACGUCCACCCACAGCUGUAGCACAAAGCCCUGUCCACAAAGCCAGCGUCACCUUGCUGGAGGUGAGCUCCAAAAGAAGGGGGCCGUCACAGCUCCAGGUGCAGGUCCUCCCCAGUGUGAACAUUGAUGGUGUGUCCAGUGGAAGCCCAUUGGUUUCUCCCUCACCUCCUCCAACUCCCAGUACCAAGGCUGUGCAGCAAACACCCGUGGAGCCACAGCAGGAGGAGGAGGAGGAGGAGGAAGAAGAGGAGGAUGAGGACAAUGUCUUUCCUGGAACAGAUUUCCUGGCUGUGGCUGACAUACCCCAGGAGCCUCUUGUCCAGCUCAAUGGAAUAGGUGAGCCUCCAGCACCCCUGUACCAUGGCCCAGUUCAUGACCCCGAACACCAGGCUCAAGACACUCCAGCUGCUGUAGAUCCCUGCCUCGAUGCCAUUCAGCAGAGAAAAUGCCUGGAGAGUCAGCUAGUGGAAUGGGUGGAGCAGCAGGUGAUGGCGCGGAUGAUCACGGAGCUUUCCUCCCCCCCCGACCAGAAUGAUCCUGCAAGCUUCAGUGAGGAAGAGGAGAGCAGUGCCUCUAUAUCAGACAUAGUGGACGCGGCUGGCAGAAGAAGUCUGCAUGCGGAGAUUGUCCGACAGUACGUGGAUGAAGCCCUGGCCGAGACGGUGGCCCUGUUCCUGGGGCAGAGGGAGGUCCAGAGCCCUGCUCCCCCUGCCAGCCUGAGGGCUGAUGUUGCAAUGCAGGAGUGUGCCUUGUUUCAGGAGCCAGUGGUGCGGACUCCUGUGCCCACCCCAGCACCCAGUGCUACAGAGAGCCCCGUUUGCGGCAUACUGUGGUCACCCUUGGUCACCCCAGAGGCCUCAGAGAAGGAAUGUGUGCCCCCUGGGGUGCUGGCAGGGGACGAGCUCAUUUUGAUGACCACGCCUCACACGACUCCGGAUGCAUCUCCUCGCCUUCUUGGAACACCCAACCUGCCUCGUACCCUUUGCAGUUCUGAGCCAGUCAACCUGGAUGCUGAGCCUUGGCCCCUUGAGGAAGAAACGCGGCCCGGCGGGAACGAGGAGCUGCAGCAGCAAUUGGUCAUGUCUGUAGAGCGAGACGAGGAGUCUCUCAGCCUCAUCUAUCCCUCCCCAUCUAUUCUUCCCGAACCUCAGCCUCCAGCAUCGCAUUCACCAAGACAGGAGACUCCACCUCCUCGCGCCACCCCCUCCACUGAGAGCAGCAGCUCUACUUUGUCCAUCACUGAGACGGACAUGCUGGGGAGACACAUUUCAGAGGGGGAGUUGGUGAUGAGCUAUGGCCAAAUGGCAGCAGUCAGAGGGCUGGUGGAAGAGGGACUGGUCCUCCCCAAGCUCAGUGGCAGCCUGUCCAGCUCCCUGCAGGGGGUUCAGGACAUGGAGUAUGACCCCCCCAGCGAGGGCCAGGUUCCGCUGAGGCCCCCUGUGCUUGCCCUCCAGGACACUGUACUUACCUUGUCGGACAAGAUGAACAAGGGCCGGGCAAAGCGUCAGGAAGAAGAGGAGGAGGAGGAGGACGAGGCUCUGUGCGCCGGAGAAAGCAGUUCACUGGAUCUCAGUGAGGAGCAGAAGCCCAGUGUGGAACAGCAUAUCUCCUCCCCAGGACAGGUGUCCCUGCCACCAGGUUCCCGGACCUUCAGCUGUGUCACGGGUCAUGACGGGACCGAGUCGGCACCCAUCCCACCAGCCAGUCGGAAUGGAGGAUCCGCCAGCAUGGGUGUCAUGAGGGGGGUUGCAGACUCCUCCGGGAGCAGUGAUCUCUGAGACAGGGCUGCGCCGUGUGCAAUGAGCAAAACACACAUCAGGGAGGCGAGCCAGUGGCAACCUGCGUUAACGCUACGCUAUAAUACAUUUGUCUUUUCACUGUGCUCUGCAGUACACUUGGGCUUUUUUAUUUACUUGUGUGGUGCUUUGAACAACAAUCUUUCAGAAAGUGCUUGGUUCAAGGUUUUGAUUGUCGCAUGCCCCGCAGUAAAACACAGAGUAGCUUUUGCCUAACUUCUGUGACACAGAAGGGGUUACAGUGGACCGAUGUGUAUGAGAACCUGAUUCACAGAGCCCAGCACAGCUACUGUGU